UGGGUCUAGCCCACGAUCACUCUAAUCACCAAUCCUUCUCUUCCUUUGCAACCUUUCCUGCAGGUUCACGCUGGGUAACCGCAUACCAUUUCAAUCAUGUGACCCUAAUGUGUGUCAGUUCUUGUCCAAUAUCGUAUCGGUGUUGGCCCGGGGGAAAUGUCCUGGGUUUAAUACUGACGAUGAUCCCAGUCGACCGGGUUAGGUCCAUGUGGGACGCUCUAAAUCUUGUCAAACAUGCCUCCGUGCUCCAAGCGCUGUCUCGGUGGCCCGCCGCCUACUCUGCAACAGUUGAUAGAGAGUGCCUGUCUAGGGACUGGAGAGGGGAUGUAUCACUUUACGCUCGUCUUCUUUUUUCUUUUCUUUUCUUCUCUUCUUCUUCUUCCUUUCCUCUCUACGUAAUCUUUAUUAAUACCCUUCAAAGUCCCUUGCUACCUUUCACUCCUUUUUUUUUUCUUUUUCUUUUUUGCUUAUUCUACUCCCCGUUCCUUUCUCUUAUUACGUAGAGUAUUCGCCUUCAAUCGACUUUCAUUCCUGCACCGUUCCAUGAGGUGCACCUUCCUCCUUGAUUCCUUUUGACCAGGCCCGACUUCCAUGUUGUUGCGGGUAGCCAAAGCAGCCGGAGACGCGGCUGCCCUGCUAAGAAAUGGCCAUGGACAGACCACGGCGCAUUGACGACCUUGCG